AUGACACGCAAAUCAAAUGAUCGAACGACGUCUUCUCGAAGAGAGAGAAGAUCCUUCUUUGACGACUCCAGCAGUGGUAUAUCUGCUGACGAUACACUGGCACCCAACUCUUCCGUUCAUGGGGAAGAUGAACCAUACACGGGCCGGGGAAGCGCCUUCGUCGAUCCAUAUGAAUUCGAAGCCUUGUCUCAAAUUUCACCCUGCGAAGCCGUGCCUCAAACUUCAUCCGUCAAAACCGAGUAUGUAUCCAGUGAGGAAGAUAAUCAAAAUGCAGAGUGGGAAGAUGUAUCCACCAGUGCAUGCUCCAACAUUGUAUCUCAGAUUUCAUGCGCCACCACAACCUCACUCGCAGAUCGGGACCCACGUCAGAAACAUUAUCCAGAUACUCCAAGUUCUUUCGAGAGCAUCGAUGCUGGUUAUUCAUAUAUUGAUCCCCAACCCCAACCUCAAGCAAAUUGUCCUCCUUCUGUCCACGGAACACAACCGGGAGGUCGGAGUCCACCAUAUCCAGAAUAUCAACCAGCUUCUCCUCGAUCUGCUUAUAAAAACACAGACGCUCGUUAUGAUGUAUAUGAUGAACACCGAUCUCAAACACGUCUUCCUCCUAAUGAUAUCCGCAUAAGACUAUCAAGAGAUCAAGUCCCACGUCAAGAACAUCAACCAGGUCCUUCACGUCCUCCUUCUGGGAGCACCGAAGAUUAUGAUCCCAAAUAUCAAGCACGUUAUCCUUCGUCUAUUCGCGAGAGACAACCGAGAGAUCGAGGCCCACAUCGAAGAUAUCACCCAGAUCGUUCACGCCCUCCUUCUGGGAGCACCGACGUCUAUUAUUCUAUUUAUAAUCCCGAAUCUCAAGAACGUGAUUCUCGGUUCAUUCGCAUGAGGCAAUCGGAAGAUCUAGGCCCACGUCAAAGAUAUCAACAGGGUCCUUCACGUCCUCCUUCUAAGAGCACCGACAUCUGUUUUUCAUAUUAUGAUCCCGAAUCUCAAGAACGUGAUCCUCGGUACAUGCAAACAAGAACAGCGGGAGAUCGAGAUCCACGUCAAGAAUAUCAAUCACGUCCUCUACGUUCUUGUUUGAAAAACACCUCCACUCGUUAUGCAUCUGAGCUCCAAUCUCAAGCACGUCCUCCUAAGACUGGGCACGCGAGACAACUAGAAGAUAGGGACUCCUCAUCUGCGGGCUACGAAGCACCAAUUUCACAAGCGCUUUCUCCUUCCCCUCGUACUCGUGCACAAAUUCCGCCUCGAAACGAACAAGAAUUGUUUUUGAGGUACCACUUCAUGCAUUUGGAUGAGAACGGAAAAGAAGUUUGGGUUCUCGAACGCAAGUACGAGUCGGUUGAUGAGUAUCCCAAGUAUGUAGUCCGUUCUGGGCCAACAUUAGGAGAGAGAGUGAAUGGGAAAGGGAAGGGGGCACUAGAAAGUGCUUGGAUUAAGGAAUGGGAAUGGGAUAUGCAAUGGACGAUUGAUGUUUGA